AUGGAGCACCACCUCCGCCUAAGGCGGCAGCGGUUCUCGCCCUGUGAAUGGACUCCCACGUCAGAUAUCCUACACAUCAAGUAUCAUUAUUUUCCUAUGGAUUCUAGUACUGGACAUUGCAGAGAGGCAAGCAGCGAGCGCUGCGAGUGUAAGCCCAUCAGAGCUACUCAGAAGACCUACUUCCGCAACAACUACAACUACGUCAUCCGGGCUAGGGUUAAAGAGGUGAAGACGAAGUGCCAUGACGUGACCGCCAUCCUGGAGGUGAAGGACAUUCUGAAGGCGUCGCUGGUGAACAUCCCGAGGGACACCGUCAGCCUUCACGCCACCUCUGGCUGCCUCUGCCCCCCGCUCCAUGUAAAUGAAGAAUAUAUCAUCAUGGGCUACGAGGAUGAAGAGCGCUCCAGAUUACUCUUGGUAGAAGGCUCUAUAGCUGAGAAGUGGAAGGAUCGUCUUGGAAAGAAAGUCAAGCGCUGGGACAUGAAACUCCGUCAUCUUGGACCGGGUAGAACUGAUGCCAGUGAUUCUACUCGGAGUCAGAAGUCCAGCAGGAGCUCCAAUCCCCGGCCUGCACGCAGCUAAAUCCUGAGAUGCGAAGGGCCACAGCAUGGACCCCCUACUAAGACUUGCAUUGCUGGACUAGCGAAGGAAGAUUGCACUAUUGCACUCAUGACCUAUUGUUUACUACAGAUAGCGUGCGGCAACUGAUGUUACUUCCGUUUCCUUUUCUCCUGCUUCUUAGCGGCCUGGGGUUAGAUCCUUAAAGGCGUUCUGUUUUACUAACCAUGGGGGUAUCAUGUGGAUACCCAUGCCUCUGUACUGAAGUUCCAAAAUAUUAAUUUUGUGCUCUGUACUCAGAUUGAGAAUGCAAUAUUGGCUAUAAAGAGAGAUUUCUGGUCAUACUUCAAAAAAACUAGAUAUUGCUGUAAAACAAUCUGCUGGUGUGCCUCCGGUUUUGCUUUUGUCUGCUCUUUAGGCAUUUCCUUCAUGCUAUGAAAGUUCUAAAUGUUUAUAAAGGUGGAAUGGCAGCUUGAAAUCAAAUACUGCAGAGCACCAGGAAGCAUUUAUGAGGAAAUGCCACACAGCGGGAUUUAUUUUCAAGAUUGGCAGGAUGCAAAAUAAAUAGUGUUAGGAGCCAAGAAAAUGAUAUUUUGCCUGAUUAGGGAGCACACUGGAACCAGUAGCCCUUGAGACAUUAGCAGCAGUGUUCUUCUUCUGGCAAUGUAUUUAAUUUGUUCACAAAUUUAUUAAUGGGCAUCAGAGAAAGACUUAUAGUAGACAUCUGAUGUCAUUGUAACUCCGCUUCCUUCUAAGUGAAACUCAUCGUUGGAUGCCCCCUCUCCAGGAGUAGAUUUGGCGUGCUGUGUUGAGCAGAAAAAGAAGACAUCAAAGUAUGCGUGUGUGUGCGCGCUGUGGUAUUGUUUUGAAGAGAUGUACCUCUGUGAAAGACUGUCAUUUACAGGACAGUGAAAUGUUCAAAUUUGCUUUUAUUUUUAUUUUUCACUUUUGGCUUGUGUUUUGGGGUUUUGGUGUGUGUUUUGCUUUGGGCUUGUGUCUUGGGGUUUUGGUGUGUGUACUCAUUUGUAUUUUGGGGGAGUGGGGUAAGCCAUCACACAGCCAACCAAGGCCAACUAGAUUGUAGCAGACUAGGUUCAUUGGCCUAGGCAUUAUGAUUUGAGUUUGUGCUGGUCAAAAUGCCAAGGAAGAGGAAUUAUGGUUGUCAGAAGGGACAAUAUCAUGACUUUUAAACAACAGCGAAUUUUUUAUUACACAAGCCACCGUGAGAUGCUACAGACCAUGGGAAACUCAUCGUGUCCUUUCUUCCUUCCUGCAGCAGGGAUCCUUAGAGCACGUCACCUGAAGGUCUCGUUCCCUGAAGUUUACACAUGGAUAGUAGUAGAUCCGAAUUCCUAAGCUAUGGUGUGCUGAAAAUAAAACAUGUAUGA